AUGGCUCAAACAGAAAGUACAUCUAUUGUGAAUAUCGACGAAGAAAAUAAAACACCACCUGAACAACUUAUUCAUUUUAUUGAUCUGGUUAAUACUCCUAAACCAACUUUGGGUCUCUUUCUACGUCGGAUUCCUCUAGUUUCUCAAUCCUUAAAUUAUUUAAUUUACUUUAAACGUGUUAUAAUUUACUUAGGCUUAACAUUAUUAUUUAAUAUUACUUUACCUAUCACCAAUCCAUUAGAAUUCAUUAUUACUUUUGUUAUCUUGCCAGUGUUUACGGUAUUUGUAUUUUUCUUUGAGACUUCUCUCAAACUCGUGAGCUUUAUUCAAUCGUUAAAUCCUGAAAAAGAUCAAAAAGUUAUUGAUUUAUGGUCAUCUUUCACCAAUAGUAAUAUAAAGGAAACUUUACGUGCUGGACUUACUUCUUUGGAUGAUCCGGAUACACUUUCGGAUGAAAACAAGUAUUCCAAUCUUAAUCUAAACAGGGUAGAAUUGCUGUUGUACACAACUGUUUUAAUGCAGCAACGUGAUUCAACCCUUGUUGAAGAUGCUCAAAAGGAGAUACUAAAAUUAAAGGAAAAUCCUAAGAAAGCUAGUAGCGAAGACAUUAAAAGAAUUAUUGAUAAACUCCGUGAAAGUGAAACACCAAUUCGAGAGCAAUCAAAGGAAUUUGGAUUGGAAUUUACUUCUAUUACUGAAUGUAACGUAAUCGGAGGUCCCUACGCUGGUUUAUACUGGUCAGAGAAGCAAAACUUUAUUAUAGUUUCUUUUAAGGGAACAGAUCCUCUAAACUUGUCAGAAUGGUUAACAGAUUUUAGCCUUCAAAGAAUUGAUGCAAGGUCAUUCCUUUUUGGGGAAGUUCAUUAUGGGUACUAUACAGAUCUCUUCACAGACAAUUCAUAUUCUUCGGUAAAAUCAGCAAAACAAUGUCCUGCUUUAAGAUUAGCUGAAGCAAUACGUGAUAAAGCAAAUGAAAUUUACAAACGAACGGCUCAACCAGUUAAAGUCUGGGUUUCAGGUUAUUCAAUGGGUGGUGCCUUGGCAACAUUAUUUUAUGCCCGAUUGUUACAUUCGCCAACUAGUUUGGGCGAUAAAGUUGAAAUACGCGAUGCGAUCACCUUUGCUAGUCCACUUCUAGGUGAUAGUGAUUUUGCUUCAGGAUUUCAGACUCUUAUGAACAAAGAAAUUAAUCUAAAUAAGAAUUUUUGGAGAAUUGUCAAUGAUAAUGAUAUUGUUCCUAGAUUUCCUUUUGGUUUUCAUACCCCAAAUCUAGGUCAUUUUCUUUCAAAGAUUAAUUUAUUUAAUUACAUUAAUAUUGGUGAUGAAGUCCGAUUUUAUCAAGAUAGUAGUAAACCGAGUUCUGAACGUCAUCUUUACGGACCUGAUAUUGAUUAUUUGUUUAUUAAACAAGGACUUGGUCUUGUAGAUUGGCAAUCUUUUUUCGGGGUUUCCGAUCAAUUUGAUGGUUCUACUAAUGGUUGGAAUUCAAUCAAGAAUCCCUUCGUUGUGAACUAUAAAGUGACAUCAACUUUUGAUUAUAUUACACCAGGCUUUAUUAGGAAUCAUUUUUCUGUAAGAUAUUUUGAAUGUCUGGAAAAGGCUAGAAAAUAUUGGGAACCUAUUGAUUUACAAAAGAAAAAUGAACUUGCAACAAAUCAAAUGCCAUAA